CCAGGCUCAGCCCUGCUUAGCUUCAGUGGGCAACCGGUCUUGGGCUCCAGGGUGAUAAGGCUGCCAUCGAACAUGCACAAAAGAACUGUGUAAAAUUCCACCACUAUUAUGCCAUAUCUAGAAUUACUCCUUUCUCCCCUCUGGAGGGUCCUGUUUGUCAUAGGUAAAGCUGAACUACUGUUUGUUAAACUUUAUUUGUUAUGCUUUCAAGCACGCAAAACACAGCAGCCAUUUUGGGUGUCCACUAGAGGUCUCACUUUCCCAUAUCGUCACCCCACUUCUGGGACUGCAUUGCAAACUAGCCUUUAUCUGGACUAAUCACCAUUCAUUGCACACACCUGUCCCCACUCGCAUUGUUAGCACCUAUCUUUAUAUACCCAGUUUGUUUCUGUCAUUGUUAUGGAGUCCUUGUCUCAUGUCACCCAGUUAUUUUGUGUUUCCUUGUCAAUGUUCAUGUUUCUUGUUUUGGACUGCUCACCUGGAUUUUGGCAUUUUCCUGGCUGGAUAUAUGAUUUUGGAUUACCCUAAUAAACACUGCUAUUGGAUCUAACUGUUUGUGUGUGUUCCGUGACAGAAGGACUCCAUCACACCUAGAUCCAGCGGUGUGGGAUUUUGAAUCCUUUCCCCAGCCACCAUGUAGGAGUGGAGGAGGAGACUCCUGAAAUUAACCCCCUUCGUCAAAGGGGGUGUGAGUGGAAAAUGAAGGGGCUUGAAAUCCUGGACUUUUGGUGCUUCCCCAAAUACCUACACCAUCGUUAUCUAUGGGAUACAUCGACCAAACCCAUUUCCCAAAACACGAUGGUCAACUCUACGCCUGUGCCUCCAGACACGAUGGCCGACGCUACACCUGUGUGCCACCAGAUGGCCACCAGCCCAGUGCCAUUACUCAAGAUGGCCGCCAGCCCAGCGCCACUGCACAAGAUGGCCGCCAUCCCAUCGCCACUGUACAAGAUAGCCACCAGCUCAGCACCACAAAGUCAAGCCACAGUUGAUCUUUAUGAGUCCAGUCUAAUCGCUACCAAUAUUCCAGAACUUUAUCACGUCUCAACAGAUCAUCCAGAAUCUCAUCACAUCCUGUCUGUUGCACCCAGCAGUGUUCUCUCAGCCUGUUGUGUUGCUGUCAAGGAGACCGUUACUGCUGUGAAACCUCCAGAGAUGGCAGAAACCGCUGCAGAACUUUUGCAGGUGUCAGUAGUACCCAUCCAUGAACUCUCGUCGUGUCCUGCCAUGGCUAUGGAGGCAGUCUAUGAACUCAUUGCCUGUCUUGUGACGGCCACGGAGACCAUCCAUGAACUCACCGCCUGCCCUGUCACGGUUAUGGAGGCUGUUUGGUAACUCCCUAAUCCCCUCAUCAUGACCACAGAGGCCGCCAUUAACCUGUUCAUGU